CAACUGAAUUGAACAAAGAAGAGAAAAACCUUAAUCUGUUUCAUAGCCAGUCAAAGAAAUGGCGAGUGCAACGCUUUUUGCUCUCUUCCUUUUUUCUGCCCUAACCUUCUACCCUCCUUCAACCACUGCUCAACCUGUCACGGACGGGAAUGGUAACAUCGUUAAAAAUGGUGGCAUAUUCUAUAUAUUGCCGGCACGUAUAGGAGCCCCCGGCGGGGGAAUUCGAGCACUCAAAACGGAUAACGAAUCUAUCCCUCUGUCUGUUGUGCAAUCUCCCUUCAAGGGCGAUAUAGGGCUUCCAAUUAUUAUUUCAUCCCCAAUCCGUACAGAAUUUCUCCCUGAAGGUCAGGUGACCCUUAGCUUCGAACAUACUAAUCGUGAGUGGACCGUUGUUGAGGGUCUGCCUGAAGGAACCCUUGUUAAAGUUCAAGGCUACCCACAUACAGUCCCAGGUACCUUCGUUAUUAAAAAGGCUGAAGCUGAAACCAACAGGUAUAAGCUUUCGUUCUGCAAAGGCGUCUUCUGCGGUAAUGUGGCAGUUGUUAGGAAUGAGAACUGGGUUUUGGCUGUCACUCAGGACGAGCCAUACGUGUUUCAUCUUGAGCAAGUUCUACCAACAUCUGCUAAGCAUGAGCAAUCGCGCACUUUCUCCUUGUAUUAAACUAUAUGCUUUGGGUGUAAUAAACUAAUGCAUGGCUAAAUAAAAUAACCACUAUCUGGUUUUUCACACGUUCA